AUGGUCUUGCGUGUGACCUUGUUUCAGGUACAUGUCAUGUCUGCUCUGCUUUCGGGUGUUGGCGCGUGGCCUGAGUUGGGCAAAGAAGCAUGGCAUGUUUUCGAGCAAGGUGUUACCGCGAUGUAUCGGCAGCUUCUUCGGAUUCGGCCGGGUUGCGACCAGCACUGGUCUCGUGAAGCCAUUUUCGUGGCUUGCAACGCUCCCUCACCUACUGACUCGAUUGAGGCGGAGCGCUUGCGUUUUCUGGGUCAGCUCCUACGUGGAGGACCGGAUGCGGCCUGGGCGCUCCUGCAGCAUGACCCCUCAGCAGUUGCCGGGUUUCGGGGGGCUCUUCAGUGGCUGUCUGCUGCCGUCUCCGCGACAUGCGACCUUCCUUCUGUGGAAGUAGACUGUCAGGCCUGGCUAGGCCUUGCCAGUUCCAAGGCCAAGCGGUGGAAGGGUCUGAUCAAGCACCCGAUGCAGUGGGCGAUCAUGUACACGCGUGCCUUCUAUGCAGCCGCAGUUAGGCUUGCCCGUGGGCGGCGCUGCCAGGCAUGUGGUGCCGAAUUUGCGUGCCUGCGUCGCCUUCGGCAACACCUGAAUCUACAUCCGCGGUGUCUGCAGUCGCUGGAGCGAAGUGAUGCCUCGCUCCUGCCGGUCCUCGAGACUGCUGGAGGACACGUCGAGUCGCGUGCUGUUGCUGGCAGGGGCUGUGCUCACCUCCCCGAGGCCCAGGUAGAUGUGUCUUGGGCUCUGUUGGCGGAGUUGCGCGCCCAUGGGCCCGGCGAGGAUUCGGCGAUUCUUGAUAUUGUUCGAACCUUUGUUGAGCCUUUUCCCACUCUGCGCGCAACCCUGCAAAUGUGGGCGUCCGAGCUAGGUCCUUCGGCACAGCUCGAUGCGGUGUCUGACCUUCUGCUCUGCUUUACACCCUUUUGGUUGUGUGAUCAGGUCGCGAGUCAGGGGCGUAACCUGGCUGAUGAGCCCUUCCUGCCGGAUCUCGUGCCCCUUUGUUGGCAGCCCCGCCCAGCUGGUCUUGCUGGCCUCCUUGUGGAUUUUCCCGAGUUGCAG